AUGAAUAUCUCAUUUAAUGAUUUGAAAUUUAUAUAGUAAAUAGGUUAGACUCUUAAUCUUGAAGAAAGGUACUUAUUUUAUUCUUAAAAAUAGAAUGAGAUUACAAUUAGCAAUACUGAAAAUCUAAGAACAUUAUGUUUUUGAUGAAGUCUUAUUUUGGGGAAGAGUAGAAGGAAUAGAAAAAGAUUAUUACAUAGCACUAGGAAUUCAAUAUAAAGGACAGUAUUAAUUUCCAUUAAAGAAAUUCUUUUGGAGGUAAUAAUGAUCUAUAAUUAAUAAGUUCCAAUAAUUAUCAUUUUGCUGAAUUACCUAAAUAUAAUGAAGAAUUUGCUUAAAGAGCUGAAGUUUUGAGAGAUCCAUUUACUGGAUAACAUGAGCACAUAGUAUUUAGAACAGAUGAAGAGAUUAAUUUUGAAGACUCAUUAGAAAUUCCUUCGUAACUGCCGGCUAAAAAUUUCUCAGAAUUAGAGAGAUUAUCAUAUGUAGUUUAAUCAAUUGAAUUCUAAUGUGCCUCAAUUCCAGUUGGAUCAUAUAGAUUAACACCAACUCAUGAAUUAAUCAAGACUACAUUUAAAGGAGUGACUGCGGAAUUGAAGAAUUAUUAACACUUCAGAUCACCAAUAAGAAAAGAUAAAUAAGAUCUAAUAGGUUUAAAAUAUUUGAUAUCUUUAUUAGCUCGAGAUGAAGCACUCUAUAGAUCUGAUUUCUUAGAUUCUUUAAUUGAUGACACCCCAUAUAAUUAAUGGUCAGUUCAGACUGAUUCCACUAAAAGAAAUGUAAAGUUAAAUUAUCAUUUAUUGUUUAGAUUACAAUUAGAAAUUUAAUAUGGCCAGGAUAUUUGAGUUAUAAUAAUGACUAUACAUUUGGAUAUGCUUAUUUUGGAGAUGGAGUUAAAAAUUCAGAUUUUGAAUUUUUAUUAUGA